AUGGUGCUUGCUUUGAAACAUGCCCCUGAGAACAAGGUGGAAGGACUUCAGAGACUGGAUUUUCUUUUAAACCAGCUGCUAUUGUCAUUUGAUUCGUUUGUUGUGCUAGAUCUCCAACUUGCUGCUGAGCUUGGGAAGACAUUACUGGAUCGGAACACAGAGUUGGAGGACUCUCUUCAGCAGAUGUAUACAACCAAUCAGGAGCAGUUACAGGAAAUUGAGUAUCUGACCAAGCAAGUGGAGCUUCUACGGCAGAUGAACGAACAACAUGCAAAGGUUUAUGAACAAUUAGAUGUCACAGCAAGGGAACUGGAAGAAACAAAUCAAAAACUAGUUGCUGACAGCAAGGCCUCACAGCAAAAGAUUCUGAGCCUGACUGAAACGAUUGAAUGCCUGCAAACCAACAUUGAUCACCUGCAGAGCCAAGUGGAGGAGCUGAAGUCAUCUGGCAGAGGGAGAAGGAGCCAGGGGAAGUGUGACCAGGAGAAACCGGCACCCAGCUUUGCAUGUCUGAAGGAGCUGUAUGAUCUCCGCCAACACUUCGUGUAUGAUCAUGUGUUCGCUGAAAAGAUCACUUCCUUGCAAAGUCAGCCAAGCCCUGAUGAAGAGGAAAAUGAGCACUUGAAAAAAACGGUGACAAUGUUGCAGGCCCAGCUGAGCCUGGAGCGGCAGAAGCGGGUGACUAUGGAGGAGGAAUAUGGACUGGUGUUAAAGGAGAACAGUGAACUGGAGCAGCAGCUGGGGGCCACAGGUGCCUACCGAGCACGGGCGCUGGAACUAGAGGCUGAGGUGGCAGAGAUGCGACAGAUGUUGCAGUCAGAGCAUCCAUUUGUGAAUGGGGUUGAGAAGCUGGUGCCAGACUCUCUGUUUGUUCCUUUCAAAGAACCCAGCCAGAGCCUGCUGGAAGAGAUGUUCCUGACUGUGCCGGAACCACAUAGAAAGCCUCUCAAGCGCAGCAGCAGUGAGACGAUCCUCAGCAGCUUGGCAGGGAGUGACAUCGUGAAGGGCCACGAGGAGACCUGCAUCAGGAGGGCCAAGGCUGUGAAACAGAGGGGCAUCUCCCUUCUGCAUGAAGUGGACACACAGUACAGUGCCCUGAAGGUGAAGUAUGAAGAGCUGCUGAAGAAGUGCCAACAGGAACAGGACUCCCUGUCACACAAGGCUGUACAGACCUCCAGGGCUCCGGCCAAGGACCUGACUGGAGUGAACGCCCAGUCUGAGCCUGUUGCCAGCGGCUGGGAACUGGCCUCUGUCAACCCAGAGCCCGUCAGUUGCCCUACAACACCUCCAGAAUACAAAGCGUUGUUUAAGGAGAUCUUUAGUUGCAUCAAGAAAACUAAGCAGGAAAUAGAUGAACAGAGAACAAAAUACCGAUCACUCUCCUCUCAUUCUUAAUUGAACCUCUAGCUCUACUACUAAUUUGCCUAUUGCCUAUCACCUCUCUCUCAUUCAGACAAGUGUUUGUAGACUUGGAAGCCUGAUGUUGCUUGUGACAUUUGCCUCAUUGCUUUGCUUAUUUAGCAAAUGCAUACAACGAGGAAAGGAGGUGGCUACUGGUAUCAGUUCUCUGAUCCACUUCCAUUUAAGCUCCCCAGGAAAUCCCAUGACAAACUGGCCUCUGGCUGGCGCACUGAUUAGACUUCAAUUCCUGAAAAGGACCAGUGGAGGGAAGAGCUAUACUACUGGAGAAGUAGGCCUGGAGUUACUACAGUAUGGGGGAGAAGGGCCGAGUUGGCACAAAGCUAAGGCAAUUCCUAUUGCUUCCUUGCGCAACUUCUCAAAACGAUGUAAAGUCAGAGGGCUGUCAAACUCAAGUAUCUUUUGCAAACACUGAAUACUGUGAAUUCAUUAAGAAGAAUGUUCAAGAGAAAGCAGGGGUCUGAUCCAAAAGAAAUGUCAUUAACAAAUACUCCAAAUCCUUGAGUUUUGUUGUAUCUGAACUAGUUGAACUGUGACUGACAGGUAAUCCUAAUAUAUCCAAAUCCAACUGAAUACCAAAUUGAGAUGGCAAAUUUUUGUUUGAUCCAAGUUAGCUUGUUAGCAUACGCCCUAGAGGGCCUCCGCCCCUACAUUCUAAUGUUUUUAUUGAAAGCUCUAGCCUUUAGGAUACGUGAACAUGUAAAUCUUUCAUCACUUUCUCAAAUUCACACUAAAGGGGAAAGAUCAAACCUCUUCCCCUCCUACCUGUUUUCUGAGCUGGCUGACUUGCCAGCCACAAGCUGCUCUUCCUGAGUUGUGUAAAUGUUUUGACUUGUUGCAGAAAUUCCUAUCUACAUUAUUAAGCAGUAUUGAUGUUCUGACUGUGGAAACAUAUCCUCUUGUAUACUUUUAAUUUAAAACUAUUUAAGAACUGAGGUUCCGAUUAUUGUAUAUAUUUUUCUAAAAACCAAAUAAAGCUACCUAUGAAAAUGAA